GGGUCGUAAAACUACUCCUGGAAAUGCCACAAACUCCUAUGAAAGCCUUGUCAAUUAUGUGUUUCUUCAGGUUCAUGGUACAGAAGAAAGGUCAGACUACCACCAGGGUCAUAAAACUACUACUGGAAAUGUCCCAAACUCCUAUGAAAGCCUUGUCAAAUAUGUGUUUCUUUAGGUUCAUGGUACAGAGGAAGGGUCAGACUACCACCAGGGUCAUAAAACUACUCCUGGAAAUGUCCCAAACUCCUAUGAAAGCCUUGUCAAAUAUGUGUUUCUUUAGGUUCAUGGUACAGAAGAAGGGUCAGACUACCACCAGGGUCAUAAAACUACUCCUGGAAAUGCCCCAAACUCCUAUGAAAGCCUUGUCAAAUAUGUGUUUCUUUAGGUUCAUGGCACAGAAGGAGGGUCAGACUACCACCAGGGUCAUAAAAGUACUUCUGGAAAUGUCCCAAACUCCUAUGAAAGCCUUGUCAAAUAUGUGUUUCUUCAGGUUCAUGGUACAGAAGAAAGGUCAGACUACCACCAGGGUCAUAAAACUACUCCUGGAAAUGCCACAAACUCCUAUGAAAACCUCGUCAAAUAUGUGUUUCUUUAGGUUCAUGGUACAGAGGAAGGGUCAGACUACCACCAGGGCCAUAAAGCUACUCCUGGAAAUGCCACAAACUCCUAUGAAAGCCUUGUCAAAUAUGUGUUUCUUUAGGUUCAUGGUACAGAGGAAGAGUCAAACUACCACCAGGGCCAUAAAGCUACUCCUGGAAAUGUCCCAAACUCCUAUGAAAGCCUUGUCAAAUAUGUGUUUCUUCAGGUUCAUGGUACAGAAGAAGGGUCAGACUACCACCAGGGUCAUAAAGCUACUCCUGGAAAUGUCCCAAACUCCUAUGAAAGCCUUGUCAAAUAUGUGUUUCUUUAGGUUCAUGGUACAGAGGAAGGGUCAGACUACCACCAGGGUCAUAAAACUACUCCUGGAAAUGUCCCAAACUCCUAUGAAAGCCUUGUCAAAUAUGUGUUUCUUUAGGUUCAUGGUACAGAAGGAGGGUCAGACUACCACCAGGGUCAUAAAACUACUCCUGGAAAUGCCCCAAACUCCUAUGAAAGCCUUGUCAAAUAUGUGUUUCUUUAGGUUCAUGGCACAGAAGGAGGGUCAGACUACCACCAGGGUCAUAAAAGUACUUCUGGAAAUGUCCCAAACUCCUAUGAAAGCCUUGUCAAAUAUGUGUUUCUUUAGGUUCAUGGUACAGAGGAAGGGUCAGACUACCACCAGGGCCAUAAAACUACUCCUGGAAAUGUCCCAAACUCCUAUGAAAGCCUUGUCAAAUAUGUGUUUCUUUAGGUUGACGGUACAGAAGAAGGGUCAGACUACCACCAGGGUCAUAAAAGUACUUCUGGAAAUGUCCCAAACUCCUAUGAAAGCCUUGUCUAAUAUGUGUUCUUGGACGACGAAAUAUUUAAUACAGGUAACUCGAUUUACGCAAGCUUGGUUUACACGUUUUUUAGAUACCGCAUGGUCCAAAAUCCAAAUAAAUGUUUAAUUUACACAUUUUUUUCACUUAUACGCGAUAU